UCCUUGGUCAUUGGGGAAUGCAAUAUAUACCAUCUUAUAAUUCCAUCUGCUGCUGUAGCCACUAGCCAGUCUCACCUAUCCCUCUGCCAAAAUCUGUCGCUCUCCUCUUCCUACUUAGCUCUUAGGUUGUGAAAUUAAAGAAACGCCAAGAUGUCAGAGAAAAAGAUGUCUUCGAGUCGGAGGCAUUACCUGAAGAGCUUGAUGCUCUCCAUUGCUAAAGGCUUACUGGAAGAAGAGGCAAAGGAGAAUGAGCAGGAGAGAAUAAGAUGGAUGGAAGAGAACUGCCCUCCCCUGUCCCUACCAGGGGGUACUCAACAGUUAAUGGAGUUCUUGAAAGAGUUACACCAUAAGAUUGAUGUGAUAGAUGAGGAGAGAUAUGAUCUGGAGAACAAAGUGAACAAAUCCACCAAGGAGAUUGAAGAUUUGAAUAUUAAAGUUAUUGACUUGAAGGGCAAGUUCAAGAAGCCAACUUUGAGGAAAGUGCGUAUGUCUGCUGAUGCUAUGCUCCAGGCUCUGCUGGGCUCCAAGCACAAGGUGUCCAUGGAUCUGAGAGCCAACCUGAAACAAGUAAAGAAGGAGGUGAAAGAAGAGGAUAAGGAACUGCGUAAUGUUGGAGACUGGCGUCAGAACAUUGAAGACAAGUCUGGCAUGGAUGGCAGGAAGAAGAUGUUUGAGUCCGAGAGUUAAAUUAGUCCACAUAUAGAUCCCGAUAAGCCAAAGUUAUUUGUUCGACCAAAUGGGAAACCAUUUGUGUGAGCAUCUUUAAUGGCUGAUGCUAGAAAUGGCUGAUAAGCAACACAUAGCUCAGAGUUUGUCAUAUUUAUCACCAUGGUAUAAUUUGCACCAGCGUAUGUUUCUGUAAAAAGUACAAAUCAAUUUUAUUAGUGGAACAGAAAAGUAUGACUACAUUUUUUUCAGAUUGCCAAAGAUACUCAAAAGACACGUCAAAUAACACUAUUUUACACGUCAAAAAACAUUUUAAUUUGACACAUCAAAAACACAAGUCUAUUAUAGAAUGUUGUGUGCACUGAAUUUGCAUGCGCAAUCCAUUAAAGUCAAACGCCACCACUAUGGUCAGUAGCACUGUCAAAGCUGUAAAUAAAAAGAAAACUCUGCAAACAGGCACACACACCGGACACGAUUGUAAUUACAAUACCGCGUUUGUAAUAAGCCAAAGUUAUUUGUUCGACCGAAUGGGAAAACGUUUGUGUGAUCAUAUUUCAUGGCUGAUGCUAGCAAUGGAGCAUUGGGACAGAAACGUAUUAAUAAAUGCUUUUCAGUUGGCCACAA